AGACUAUACUCGCUCCAACUCCACACCAUACCGAGGACCAAAACAUGCCCACCGCCAAAACUUGAACUCCGCACCUGCCACAAUCUGCCUCAGUCUCAUAAGAGAAUGGCAUCAUCAUCCAUGGUCGUCCCCACUUCCCCCUUCCCCGUACAGACAACUUCACCAGCCGGUCCCGCAGCAUUGGGUUCAACACUCAUCCCGCCUCCUUCCACCACGCCUACGCUUCCUGAGGGUCAGCCAGUUCAGUCUGAACUACCAUCAGACUGCCUCCCUCACGAGCUUCCGGACCAAACAAGUGGAGCUCCAAUCACUCCAAACAAGUCCACUCCACUCGUUGGUUUCCUGGAUGAAAUAACCCCAGAAAAUAAUAUUCCCCUACCUAGGUCACUAACAGAUGCCACCUACACAAUUUUACCCUCCCGUCCCGAGGACCCUUCAAUUGCCUAUGGACUCACUUUCAGCAGUCGGACGAAGCCACCACCCCAAGUUGUGAAGUUUGCAUUUGUGGCUGGGUCUGAGGUGCCCGGAACGCCCAUCGUCCCUGGGGAGCCAAGCAUAGAUGAUAUCCUGACCCCGGAAACAUCAGCAACAGCCGAAGUCCCCGCCGCCGAGGAAAUGGAGCUUUUUGCACUGGGUAAAGAGUCAAAGUUGGACGUCGCCUCUAGGAUUCCAGACACUUCAGAAAAUCAGAUUGAGGUGUCAGAAGGGGCAUCAAUAACGCCAAGCCGUUCUUCUGUGUAUUCGUCUACCGCGCCAACCCCAUCUAGCCACACUCCCUCCCCAUCGUCACCAAUCUCUACGGCUACUUCAAUCUCAGUUUAUCCCUCGACCGCCAAAGCUUCCCCCGGUUUACCCUUAAGCGGGCCACCUUGGCCCAGGCCUUUGACCAAGUCGUGGGCAGACAUCGCCAAGAAAACCCAACCGUUCAAACCGGAGGUUUUGCCAGCAGGUGCAUCUAAAGAAACCACUGAUUCUAGGGAUUCAUGCGAGGGCAACGGGCCGGCUGUUGAAGUUUUAUCAAACCAACAUUCUCUUCGUUCGCACCCUGAGCCUUUGCAGAGAUCGCUUCCGUCUUUGCACACGGUCUUGACAGCUUCGCCAUCGCUCUCGAUCCCAGCUCCGCUCACGCAUCCCCGUGGUCUCGUCAAUUCCGGUAACAUGUGUUUUGCGAACGUCGUUCUCCAGGCGCUUCUUCAUACGGCACCAUUUUACAAGUUAUUUGACAUGAUCGGACGAACCUUGCCAGCUGAUUUGCGCCGUCGUGCCCUCGUCGAUGCCACGGAGUUCCAGUUGGAGUCAGAUUACCCGCCCCUUCAGCGGCCACCAUCAUCCGGAAAAUCGACUCCAAUGAUAGCCGAGCAGCUGCGGCAGCUAUCCUGGCAGCAAGACUCGUUUAUCCCUCAAGCGCUGUAUAGCGCCUUGUCGGAGAACAAACGAUUUGACUCUAUGAAGGGUGGUCUCCAAGAGGAUGCUGAAGAGUUUUUAGGCUUCUUCCUUGAUACGCUCCAUGAAGAACUUUUAACGGCGCUCACCCGGUUACAGGCAACAUCUUCCAUUGGAUGGGCAACAUCGACGGCCUCCCACGUCCCAGCAAGUAUGAACGAACGAGAGGUUCACAGGCCCGUAAGUCCUGUGAAUGAUGAUGAUAAUGAUGGGUGGAUGGAAGUGGGAAAGAGGAACAAAGUGACCCAAACGCGAACUACUAAGGCUCAGGAAUCUGCCAUCACAAGAAUAUUCGGUGGCAAGCUGCGCAGCGUUCUGCGUGUACCUGGAUUAGGCAAAGACUCCGUUACUUUGGAGCCUUACCAGCCCUUACAGCUUGAUAUCCAAUCUGACGAUGUGCAGAACAUCGAAGAUGCCUUGCGUCAUCUAACUAAAGCCGAGACCGUCCAAGUGACAUCUCGAGGAGGAACUGUUCACGCCACGAAGCAGGUCUUCAUCGAGUCGCUGCCUCCUGUUUUAGUUAUUCAUCUUAAACGAUUUAUUUAUGACGGCUCUGACGUUCAGAAGAGCAAUAAGGUCCUGAUAUACCAAACAUUGUUGGAGAUCCCUAACGAUGUUUUGGCCCCUGCCCAGCGAUCCCGCGCACGGGUGCAAUACAGGCUCUACGGAGUUGUGUAUCACCACGGGAAGUUCGCCAGUGGAGGGCACUACACCCUCGACAUCUGCGACAGGAUUGCUGUGAAUGGCUACGUAUUGAUGAUACUCAGAUUGAGGUUAUUGCAGAGUCCGAUGUUGUCGCUGUCGCGGAAUCCGAUAAGGCCCUAGACCGAGACAAGUCGGCGUAUAUACUUUUCUAUCAACGACUACACGAGGAGCCUCGUCUUGCGCAAGUCGGACCUCGUACUCACCCACACUCUCGGCAAGUGAAUACCACCCCCAGGUCAAAACAGUUGCGCCCA